UCUGCAGCCCGUCCCGGGCACAACUGAGGAUCCAGCAGAGCGUCUUCAACAACGCCGAGCACGCCCUGCUGGGUCUGGAGCCGUACUCCCACGUGUGGAUUAUUUUCCUUUUUCACAAAAAUGGACGCCUGAGCUCCAAAGCCAAAGUGAAGCCCCCCAGACUGGACGGUCAGAGGGUUGGUGUGUACUCGACCCGCAGCCCACACAGACCCAACGCUCUGGGCCUGACUCUGGCGCAGCUGGAUAAAAUAUCAGGUGAUACUUUACAUCUGUCAGGCAUCGACAUGAUCGAUGGGACUCCGGUGCUGGACAUCAAACCCUACAUCCCAGAGUACGACUCCCCUGACAGGAGGAUGGCUUUAGCUUCACAGCUGUUUGAACCUCACUCAGGCCCGCCAGCUGUUUCUGUUCAAAAUGCUCCGUUUAACACGGAAGACAAAAGAACGAGCGAUGAUGACGACGGUGGAGGAAUUCUUGAAGAAGGCAGAUCUGAGACGGACACCUGUUUUCAAAAUGCACCGAGCGCUGAUGCUCAGUUUGUUCUCCUCAAAGAAACGUGCCGUGUGCUGGAGGAGGUCAGAUGCUUCAUAAGCCAGGAUGAGCGUAAGAGCCCAAAACGAGCCUGCUCAACGUCGGCACCAGCGACCUCCCCCACGGAGCGUCUCUGCCGUGGAGAGGAGGCCUCAGCCACCGUUGCCGGCUGGAUCAGAGAACCUCCCGUUGCCUGCCUGGACGUGCGCUUCACUCCUCACGCUGAGAGGCAGCUCGCAGAGUUCCUUCCUGCUCACCUGGCAGGACUUCCUGAAAGCAAAAGACCCAGUUUCAAGUUCCUGCGAAGUCCAGAGGAAGCUGUAGCUGCCAUCAGGGGGGUUCUGUCAGCAGACCCCAGGUCAGUGUACAGGAGGAGUCGCUGCAGGGACAGACUCUUCUUCUUCACCAUCGACACGGCAGACGUCACCUGCUGGUUUGGACAAGGCUUUGUGGAGGUUCUGCAAGUUCGACCUGUUGAAGAUCACAAAGAUGAAGAGUUCCACACGUAG